AUGACCAUGAAGAGAGGUAGAGAAGAGGGAGAGGUAGACAUUGCAAAAUGCUUGAUGCUACUUUCUAAAGUUGGCAAAGCUGAUCAUGAGCUACUAACUACUUAUAAAUCAGCAGCAGCAGCAGCAGCAGCAACGGCCGGGGCUGGCCGCUUAUUUUCAUGCAAAACAUGUAACAAGAAUUUCCCUUCGUUUCAAGCAUUAGGAGGGCACCGUGCAAGUCACAAGAAACCAAAACUUAUGGGAUCAGCUGGGAACUUGUUGAAGUUGCCCAAUUCGCCUCCAAAGCCAAAAAAUCACAAGUGCUCCAUUUGCGGCCUUGAGUUUCCUAUUGGGCAAGCGCUUGGAGGUCAUAUGAGGAGGCAUAGGGCUAAUAAUAUCGAUACCACCACUGGUAGUACUGAUCAUCAUGAAUUGGCUGUGACUAAUCCGCCUUUAUUCGUACCUUAUGACGUCCCAGUUUUGAAGAAAUCGAAUAGUAGCAAGAGAGUUCUGUGCUUGGAUUUGAGCUUGGCAUUGCCUAUGGAUCAGGAUGAGCCGCAGUUCCCGUUCAAAUGUUUUAUCUAG